CGGUACGUUCUCCCUCCACAAAAAAUAACAUCUAGCUACACUGCUACCAGUUCUCAUAAAAAACGUGGUCAGAUUUCCGACAUAUUCAAGGGAGCAUGUUCAGGAGUGGUUGCGCUGGUCCACGCGGUCUUCGGAGGAAGCGGGACGUCGACGAGAAACAGAAGGAGAGAAGGCGGGCUUUGCAGGCCAGACACCGGGCUAACCUAGCCACAUUGUUCGAGAUGCUCAAAACCGUUGUCUGUCCCACUUCCAAGAAGAUGCCGGCAAAGUGGAAGAUUUUGGACCAUGCCAAAGGAUUCCUUAUAGAGCAGGAGGCCAAUCUGAGUAGGCUGCUGUUACUGAAGGGGAUUUUUCUUGGAAACGAGGAUGGGCCAUGCGAACUGGAUGAAGUGCGGGAGGAGUACCGUCGACUGUAUUCACACCGUAGCUCACCACGCUCUAGAAGGUCAGUUGGUCAGAUACACCACAGUGGCCGAGAUGGAGAGGACCAGACUGACACCACUGAUGAAGACUCUGUGGAGGAAGGUGUACAUGACUCAGCCCCUUCUCAGACCUCUGUCGGCUCUCUUCCUAACAUCCUGGAGUUUGAAGGGUACCUGUUGUUUUACAGGCAGACAAUAGACAAGCUAGUCUGUAGUGGGGUGUUGAACCCGCGACAGACUGGUCUACCAGUCGUGUCUGAAGCCAUUUCGGGCCUGUGGGACAGCUUCUCUCCAGAACGCCGGGCAGCGUACCAGGCCUGUUCCCCACUGCAGAGAUCUCCGAGCAGGGCGGGUCCUGGAUGUAACAACCACCUCCUCCCCUCCCCCAAGACAGGCAGCCAGGAGGGUACAGGCUCUCCUCCUAGUGAUGAGGAGGACUUGUUCCAGGAUGCCUAUGAUGUGGUGAAUAAAGAGAUGUUGUCUGCUACAGAAGACAGUUCUGUCCGGUCCCUGCCACAAUCCGUUGACUUGGAGAACCUCAGAGAGAUCUACAAGAACAUCAUGUUCUUCGUCAAGACUCAGAUGGAGACGUCAAAGCUUUCCCAGGUCGUUGGCUCUGGUGGAUGCUCGGGGUUUGAAAGGCCUGGUGAUUCUAGUGUAGACGGGAGAACAGGCGGUGGAGAUACAGUUUUUCCGUACGUCCGGAUAAUAAACGUCCCCGUAUUGUUGGUAUGGUUGUGUGGGAUUUGUCUCUGUGUUUUAAUCAGUGAUGAAGAAACUGUGAGGCUGAUUCCUUGACCUGUCAAUGUUUUUAGUUUGCUGUUAUUAUGAUAGUGAUCUGUGUUUUACUGGGGCUGAAACAACGUCGAUAAUAAAAAACUGUUUGCAAAGAAUGUUAUCAAUUAGUUGUGUCUACAAGAGACUCAUGAAAAAAGGGAGGAAAGUCGCUUACGACCAAAAACAUUAAAAGUACGGGACCACUUUAAUUAAAUGCUAAAUUUGCAAGGCAGAGUGUAACGCAUGAGCAUGUAAAGAAAACGUGUUGUAGCCAUGAUGACAGCAGGUUAAUAGGGCUCUGCAUGGUACG